AUGGGUGAUAGCCCAAAAUCUAGGGACAAUUCUAGAAGCUUUCGGGUGGAUUAUUUGAAAUCCCACAUUCUAAACAAGGUGGAAGGAUCCGACGAAAUGCUGAAAGAAAUGAAGGCUGACUUCUCAUCCUUCAACAUUAAAGUAAACUCGAAUUCUAUCAAGAAACUUGAAUAUCAAAUGAGUCAACUUUCAGCUAAAUUAGAAUCCAAGCCGCAAGAGAAGUAUGCAGAUAAUAUGAUGAUUAAUUCAAAGGUUAAUCAUGAUAAAUGCUUGGCAGUGUUGCCUCGGAGUGGGAAAUCAAUAGGUGGCAAUGUGAAAGUGAAUGGUGAGGCAACCACUAGUAAAGAAGGAGAUGAUGCCGUUGGUUCAGAGAAAUCCGACCAAGCACCGGAAAAUGACACACCUAAAGUGGUUGAGGAAAGUCCAAAACAACUCACCACCGAGGACUUGCAAACAUCUCAUGAUGGGGAUGCUUCUUCUUCAAAGACUAUUAAAUUGUUGCCCAAAGUCAGUCCACCAUUCCCUCAAAGACUCAAAAAGCGGGAUGAAGAUGCAAAGUUUCAAAAUUUUCUAUUUGUGUUCAAGACUUUGUCUAUAAAUCUUCCUUUAGUGGAAGUGCUGUUGGAGAUACUGGGCUAUUCAAAAUUCAUGAAAGAACUAGUCACCAAGAAAAGGAGUAUGGAUUUUGAAACGGUGGAGGUAUCUCAUAGUUGUAGUGCCAUCAUGACAAGCAAUGUGAUUAUCAAGAAAGUUGAUCCAGGGGCAUUUACUAUUCCAUGUACUAUUAGGAUACUUCAAUUUUCCAAAGCUUUGUGUGACUUAGGGACAAGUAUUAACUUGAUGUCGUAUGCCAUUUUCAAACAACUUAGGUUGGGUGAACCUAAAUCCACAACAAUGCGUCUUCUCACGGCUUAUCGAUCUAUUAAGCAUCUAAUUGGCAUACUUUAUGAUAUGUUGGUGAAAGUGUAUAGGUUCAUCUUUCUGGCCGACUAUGUCAUUUUGGAUUGUGAGAUUGAUGAUGAAGUGCCUAUUAUAUUAGGUAGGCCAUUUUUUUCUAGCAGAAGAGCCCUUGUGGAUGUUGAAAGUGGUGAAUCAAAAUUUUUGGUAAAUGAUGAAGAGUUUACCUUCAAUGUGUGCAAAUCAAUAAAGCAACCGAGUGACAUUAAUGUAGUUUCAACCCUUGAUGUGAUUGAUGAGGCAGUGGCUAGUGUAAGUGAGGUGUUUCGUGUGGGGAAACCUCUCGCUGUCGUCCUUUCAAAUUAUGAUGAGGAUGAAGUUUAA